UUUAUGCAUUAUAAAUUUGCAAUAUAAACUUUUUAGCAUUUCAAUUCAUCUUUGUUUUUUCCCUUAGAUAUGUUCACAGAUGUUCACUGUAAAAAUAAACAUGGAAUAUGCAACUUAAAUGGAAAUCAACUGAGAAUCAACAAUGUUUUAAGGAUUGUAGUACAAAUACACAUAUUGUAUCUGGAAGGUCCAGUUACAGGGGUGAAUUUUCCUCACUUAAACUUCUCUACAAACUCUUCCAGACUAUUUUUUACUUUAUAUACCUUCACAGUAUGCCAUUACACAUUACUGCAAAAGGCAAAAAGUCCUGUCUAAAACAAUAUUUAAAUACAGUCUUUGAACUGUCUUAUGUCUUUAUACUGCUUCAGUUUCUUCAACCUUCUGUCAAAAUGCCAUACUCCUGUGCCACCUUGUGGCUGGAUGUUCAUGUAACAGUUCUUAAAUAUCUUACUUUGUGCCAAAUCUAAAAAGUCAAAAAAUCAUUGAGGCUCUGACUUCUCACUGCAUAUAGAUAAAAUUAAUUAUGCUAAAAUGUAGCUUCAAUCUAGUAAUUUAGCAAAUGAUAUGAUGGACAGGUGAAAACAUUUGUAAUGAAGAUACAAUUAUUUAUGUUAAACUUCUGCUACUGUAAAUAAAGCCCCAAGCAGCUUUGGACCCCUAAGGACACCUUGUGUCCAAUUUUAGUAAACUCCCUGAGGGGUUCUCUUCACCCAUGUCUAGAACCAAGACAUCCACAGAUCCCUGGGUAAAAGCCUUUGUCAUAACUUGUGAAUACAAUGCCUGUCUGUUACAGAACAUGGAAUCAUGCCCAGAGAUAUUGUUGUCAUUACAACUCUUGGCCUACAAGUGAACUCUACCACAUCCUUCUUAAAUUAUCUGCCAUAUGGGAGAUAAUGCAUCUUUAACGUUCAACGUUUACAGCUGAGAAGGAGAGUGUUAUUAACUCACUGUGUAUAAAAUACACAAUUCUUAAUACAUAACUUACUGUAACAUUUUCAGGCACGUGAAUUUUACGAGUUUGGAUUUUCCUUGUCAGAUCCAAAACACUUAGACAUGAAUUAAGGAACAAGGAACUGGCAGUCUGUGGUAAUUGGACAAAUAUUUUUCUAGCUGAUUCACCAUCAGCCCACAGCAAUUGUUACAGGAUGGAUACAUAGGUGAUGGACUACUACAUGGUCCAAAGACACCUGAGCCCUGAGAGUCAUAGAUGGGCUUAGCUUUGACUAAAAGAUUAAUCCUGAGUCCUCUAGCAGGAGGUAAGCUUGGCUGUUUGCAUGACAGAAACGAAAGGGUUUGUUUAUAACAAGAGGAAACAGAGCCUGGACAAGAAAAAUAUGAACAAGUCCAAAGAAAAAUAGAACCGUUCCACUUUUUCAACAUGGACAAAGCAAGGUCUGAUCAAGUAAACAUUGGUUAUACAGUCACAAGAUAAAUACCAUCUGUAUGUUUUUCAAGACCAAGCCUGAGGGUAUAUUUUACUGAUACACUCCAUCUGACAUUAUUCUGAAUCAUACAGACACAGUUUUGUUUGUGUUGACCACAGGACACUCAAUCACUGCUCUGUUUGGCAAAGACAACCAAGACAAGUAUGUUCCAUCCUAUAAUGUUGAGCACUAUACAUGGGAAAUACACUCCUACAAAAGAUCACUCUCUUGCAUGGAUUAGAAGUGCUUGUUUUGCUGCCCUGAAAUGUGAUCAGCGCUGCAGCAUCCUAAAGACUAACAAACCCCGGUUUAGUCUUGGUGAACAUACUGUAGAUGCAAACUUGGUAGAGCAGUCAGACAAGGCCAAAGUCUCUUCCUUGGGUUAAAAACCAGGCUUUAAAUCAGUGGGUAUGAUUGUGCCUGUUCCCCAUGAUGCACUGGCCUCAUUCUAGCAAUUUAUUAUCAUUGAAGUGGAUACUGACUGUCCCCAUUGAUGAUUUUGUAUUGUAACAAUGCAAGCCUCUAUCUCUCUCAUCUUAUUGUGUCUAACUUCUAUUCCUCUGCACGCCAGGCAUAAUGUUGUGUUCUGACAUAACAUACCACAUACUAAUUUAAAAAAAUAAUGUCAACAAUGCCUUUGGACAACAACACAGGUAAUGGAUACAAUCAUAUACCUACAAUUUAAUGGGCAAAAACAAAUCUAGAAAAACAGAGACUGACAGUACCAAAAAAUUAUUUCAAAAUUAUUUAUUCGUGCUUUGCACUAGGGAGAUCAAAAUAUAAAAUGAACAUUCAUCUUACAUUUACCCCUAAAUGUAUGAAAUAUAACAGAAGACUGGGAUCAAAAAGGAAAAAAAAAGAUUUUUGCAGAUGGUUUUGUCUUGGCUCAGUUUUAUGAGCUGUUGUUUUCUUUAUCUGACAUGUGAAUACUGCAUGUUGUUCAAUAUACCGGUGGCUUAUUUUUUGCUUGCUUUGAUAUGCAAAAUGUUUAUACAGUGUCUAUUCCACUGAAAUUUCUUUGUCAUACUUUAAAACCCAUGAGAGUGGACUACGUUUGAGCUUUAAUACGUUUUUCUUUUCAAAAAGAUGCAUUUAAACCAUUUGAUAUUUGUGACCAUAUCUGUAAGCACUGAUGGCCCCUUGGCUCAUGGUUGAGUAAUUUCACCAUGUAGCAGAGACACCUGGUGGUUUACACUGGAUCUACAACAAUGUAGUUUGGUUUGAGCUCAUAAGGCAUUUAUUCAGUUGCAUUAUUUUUUAAAACUCACCAAAAUACAAUACUUUAUAAUGGCCCUUUAGUUAUACCAGGUUUUAUGUUUGCCAGUCAAAAUACUGUAAUGCAAACCAUUGUGUGUAUACAAAUUAAGUCUUGUCCAGCUUUUCUUUAUUAUCCUGGGAUAAAUGAUUGAUAUGUUGUAUAAUGAAAUCAACAGAAAAUUACGACAUAUUAUUGUACGAGUAGAUAACAUCAUUUAUUACUAGGCAAAUUUCACGUGUAUGACCAUUGUAACAAAAAUUCUAUUGAAAGUAAAAAGUUGCUAUUUUUCCUAAGGUUACUAAAGUUACAGUAUUACACUGUUAAUUAUUUUACAGAAAAGAAAUAAUGAUAAUUAUGUUCUUAAUUACAGGAAAUUGGCUUGUAACUGUUAUUGCACUAAUAUUUGACAUUUAUGAAUUGAAUGUCACUGAUUUGAACUCAGCUAGACAAUUACUCUAUAUUUUAACACAUUGUAUUUCUUUUCAUGAUGUGUUUUGUGUGUGUUGAUGAUUAAUGCCGUUUGCUGACAAAUUGAAAACAUUAUAUCUCACAAACAAGAUUAUUUACAAUAAAGUCUGUAUUCACAUGUCCAGAUACAGUACACUUUCAACCAAACUGAAUAUUUGGAAGCUAAGUACAAACAUACUCUCUGAUUAACCCUGUCUGACUGUAGCUCCCUCCUCACACACACUCACAUGAACACACCUCCACCUACUUGUACGGCCAAAGGUACAUAAGUCUCUUUGCAGGUGCUUCAGUCAAAGUGAAGAACCAUAGCAACACACUGGUUCUCAGGUCACUUUCAGAAAUGUCUCGUGAUUACUUUGGAUUCUCCUUUACAAGGACUGAUGCAACAAACAGCCCAUCUAACAUUGUCCUUAACAAUGCAGCGGACAUCUCUGUUAUUGUGGUGUACUUUGUGGUUGUCCUGGCUGUUGGCGUAUGGGCUAUGGUUCGCACCAAUCGUUCCACAGUUGGUGGCUUCUUCCUUGCUGGAAGGAGUAUGGUGUGGUGGCCGAUUGGAGCGUCUCUCUUUGCCAGCAACAUUGGCAGUGUCCACUUUGUAGGAAUUGCUGGAACUGCUGCCGCUGCAGGAAUAGCUAUUGGUGGAUUUGAAUGGAAUGCUCUUAUUGUGGUCAUCAUUCUGGGAUGGCUCUUUGUGCCAAUCUACAUUAAAGCCGGGGUGGUCACUAUGCCAGAGUACCUGAAGAAGAGGUUUGGAGGACAGCGCAUUCGCAUCUAUCUUUCUGUGCUGUCUCUUUUCCUGUAUGUUUUUACCAAGAUCUCAGCGGACAUAUUAUCGGGUGCCAUCUUUAUCAACCAGGCUCUUGGGUUGAACAUCUACCUUGCUGUUGUCCUACUCCUUUUGAUUACAGCACUAUACACUGUCACAGGUGGACUGGCUGCAGUGAUCUACACAGACACUUUACAAACCAUCAUUAUGCUGGUCGGAUCAUUCAUCCUCAUGGGCUUUGCCUUCCAUGAGGUGGGGGGCUAUGAGCAGUUCCAGGAGCGCUACAUGAAUGCCGUCCCUUCAGUGACAGCCAACAUCAGUGAGAGCUGCUACCAGCCCCGACCAGACUCCUUUCAUAUUUUCAGGAAUGCUAUAACAGGAGACCUGCCGUGGCCCGGCCUGGUGUUUGGAAUCACCAUUCAGGCCGCUUGGUACUGGUGCACUGAUCAGGUGAUUGUCCAGCGCUGUCUCUCAGCCAAGAAUUUAUCCCAUGUUAAGGGAGGCUGUAUCUUGUGUGGAUACCUAAAGCUGCUGCCCAUGUUCCUGAUGGUUUUCCCUGGGAUGAUCAGCAGGAUCCUCUAUCCAGGUAAACAGGUUGUAAACAGUGUUUUAUAUGUCAAGCACACAGCAGAAAUAAUAGUUAACAUGCUGGUCAACAAAUGUCCUUUUGUUUUAGAUGUGGUGGCCUGUGUGGACCCAGACGAAUGUCAAAAACAUUGUGGAACCAGUGUGGGUUGCACUAACAUUGCUUAUCCCAGAUUGGUGGUGAAUCUGUUGCCAAAUGGUCUGCGAGGUCUUAUGCUGUCUGUGAUGCUGGCCUCUCUGAUGAGUUCUCUUACCUCCAUCUUCAACAGUGCCAGCACCCUCUUCACCAUGGACAUCUACACUAAAGUUAGACGUUCUGCCAGUGAGAAGGAACUCAUGAUUGCUGGCAGAGUGUUUAUCUUGGUCCUGAUUGGUGUGAGUAUAGCGUGGAUCCCUAUGGUGCAGUCAGGCCAGAGUGGUCACCUGUUUGACUACACCCAGUCUAUAACCAGCUACCUUGCGCCACCUGUUGCAGCGGUCUUCAUACUUGCUGUUUUCUGCAAACGCAUCAAUGAGUCUGGUGCAUUUUAUGGCCUCAUUGUUGGCUUGUGCAUCGGCCUUUCCAGGAUGAUAACAGAGUUUGUUUAUGGGACCGGCAGCUGUGUCAGCCCAAGUGACUGUCCCACCAUCAUAUGUGGGGUCCACUACCUCUACUUCUCUAUCAUCUUGUUCACCAUUUCCUCUCUCAUCAUCGUUGGAAUUUCUCUCAUGACCAAACCCAUAGAUGACAAACAUCUCCAUCGACUGUGUUGGAGCUUGAGGAACCGGGAAGAAGAGCGGGUGGACCUUGAACAGGAUGACUGGGUUGACAAUACUAAUUCUAUGCACAUAGAAGAACCUGAGGAGGAGCCUGGUUUCUGUAAGAAGGCAGUGAUGUGUUUCUGUGGCCUGGAGCAGAAAAAAGCCCCCAAGCUGACUCCAGAAGAGGAGGAAGAACUGCAGAAGAAACUUACAGACACCUCAGAGGUUCCUCUAUGGAGGAACGUUGUCAAUGCCAAUGCCAUUAUCCUUCUAUGUGUAGCUGUUUUCUUUCAUGGCUUCUUUGGUUAGAGACUCUUAAGUCAUUGACACCAUAGCAGUUUUUAGUGAUACUACAUGAAUGUUUUACAGUACAUUCGAAAGAUGUUGGUAUACAUUGGUACAUAUUGGUAUAAAAGCUUUUUCUGUAUGCUGUAGAUUAUCCUAUGUUGUGUACCUACUUUUUUUAACUUGAGUGUAAGACAACACAAAAAAAUUAAGCAAAACUCCUCCAGACUCAUGCUUGUCUCCAUGUGAACAGUGUGCCCUAGUUACUUGUAGUAGUGGUCAUUUAUUAUCAAUGUGUAUGAUAAUAAAACCAAGUCAUGGUUCAUGUGAACUUGAUAAAACAAUCACAAACCCAUAGGUGUCAAAAGUAAUGUGUGUAAAAAAUACUAUCUGUAAGAAACUUAUUAUGCAAUAACUGUAAAAUGUAAUAAAGGCUUACAGUGUAACACCUAGUAAUUGAGGAAGAACCAAUUACAGACUGUGGCAAAGAUGUGACAGAGAAACUUGGUUUCAUCCAGCAGAAUUCAUUCAUCAUAGCCACAGUACAAUCUGGAUGCUGAUGAUGCACCUUGUCCAGCCAUGAGGAAUGACAUUAAGUUCUUUAUAAAAUCCAUGACACAACUAGAGCAUUUCCGCUUAUC